UCCUGCUAGUCGCGAAGAUCGAGACCGUCUCUAGAAAUUUCCACUAUUCCACGGGAGCGUAGCGAGACAAUCAUUCGCGUUAUCCUCUUCCACCCGAAACCUCCUCCGCCGUUCGGGCCACCGCGCGCGGCGUAUCGUCGGCGGCGAGGAUGAUGUGGGAGGACGCUCUUCCGCAGCACGACGGCGAGCCCGAGCAGGAAUCUCGCUUCAACUUCGACUUCUUCUCCCUCCUGUCGAAGCCCAAGGACUAUUAUAAGAUACUGGAGGUGGAUUACGAUGCCUCGGAGGACGCGAUCCGGUCUAAUUACAUCCGGCUUGCGCUGAAAUGGCAUCCGGACAAACAAAAAGGUCAGGACGAUGCGACUUCGAGGUUUCAAGAGAUAAAUGAAGCGUACCAGGUUCUUAGUGAUCCUGCCAAAAGGAGAGAAUAUGACACAAAAGGGAUGUCACAUGUUUAUGAUUACAAUAUAGUUGAUUACCUUAACCGUUACAAGGGCCUUAUAUUGACAUGUAAUGGCUUGGGGAUCCGGCAAUCAAUUUGGUGAGCUAAAUGCUUCUGUAUCUCUUGAAUCACAUAUAAGGAAGCUCUAGAUGCGUGGCAUGUAUAUGUUAGUAGCCACUAGCUUCGGCAUGAGAAGGCACUGGGGAUUUUUAUUUUCUUUUUCUAUUCUCAGGAGUUGAAUCUUCAGUGAGUAAUUAGUAGCUUCUGGCUCCUGAGGAUGCCAACCCGUAUCUUUUCGGAAGGGUAACAAAUUUGUGAUGUGAUCAUGUUAGUUGAUCAUAUGAGUCAUUUACAGUUGACCUGAUUUGUCUGUUGUCUUUCACUCAUGAGGCCUAUGCUGAGAAGGGUUGUAGUACUGGCAUAA